ACCCCACCAAGAGACAGCUCAUUAGGAAGGCCCCCAGCUGUGGCCAGCCCAGGGCCGGGCUGCCCACCGUGCCAGCCCAGUUUCAAUGACCCACCUGAGGGUUUCCAUCGUGGGCCAGGGGACCGGCGCAGGUGGGCAUCCGGAGCCAGGCAGUGGCCAGCCCAUCCCGGGCAGGGUCAUAGGUGGGGCUGCAGGCCUUGAAGCCGCCAUGUGAAGGCAGCAGCGACCCCAGGCAGGGCGGGCCAGGUUGACCUUGCACCUGCUCUCCCCUCGGCCCUGCGGCCAUGCCGACCCUGGUCGUGGGCACGCCGCCCACCUGCCUGGGGGACACACCUCAGCCCCGCCACAAGAACAGCCAGAGGCAGGGCCCCUUCUCCCAUGGGGCCCCAGGGAGAGCAGCCGACUGGGAGGCUGUUGCCAAGCCCAGGCUCUGCGCACCUGCAGCUGAGGAUGACGUGGCAGCCCUGAGGUGGCCCGGGCCCUCCCAGCAGCCAGACCCACCCUGGGCGGCUCCCCACGUGGUCGGGUCUGACGACCUCGAGGAAUCAGGCCCCUGGGGGAAGGCGUGCAGCCUGCCCAUGUGGUCCACAGGCCCGGAGGCUAGGGAUGGGGACAGCUCGGUGUCGUCGGGCCGCCUCUCGUGCUCUUCGGGGGGCCACGACGUGUGUGUGUCCUGGAAGGAGAGGCCACCCCAGGUGUUGGGGCCCCAGCGGAGGCCCAGAAAGAGUGACCCGCGGCUGGAGCAGCUGAGAGACAAGAUCCGGGCCCAGGCGUGGCAGCAGGGGAGCUGUGCGUCCCUGGGCACCUCAGCCCCCUCCAGCGCCUCCAGACUCCACAAAGCCUCCACGCUGGCGCUUAGGAGGAAAACCCAAGAGGCAAAAAAUCCCCCUCCAGCCCCUGAAUGCUCAGGUUUCAGCAUCUUGAGUGCAGCUGAGCGCAGAGUUGAAGCCAAGGCAUCCCAUGGCCAGGGGCGCGAGCUCUCCAGGGUCUCCCAGCACCAGGUUCCUGUUCUAAGGGAAAAACCCAAAAGGGUCAAAAGCAGUUCUUGCAAAAGAGAGAAGACCCCCAAGUCGCCCUCCCCUAGAAGAGCGGCCAAAGACAAACACAAAGACGAAGAUUCGGAGCUGGUUGGUGUUUACGCCUGGAGAAAGGGACAAGCUCUGGUGAGGUCGCUGCUUGGGCCCCCUCCCGUCCUCCACAGGCACCAUAGCAAGGAUCCCUCGAGAGACCCGGCUCUCACCGUGGACUUAGGAGACAGCGAGAAAGUCAUAGCUGCCGAGUGCUCACUGGUUUGUGCCCAGUUUCCCGAUGCCACCUCCACCCACAGUGACCAGCAGGUGUCUGGGAACACACCCAGCCUGGCUUCCUUCGACCAGCCAGCGACCAUACAGACGGCCAUGGCCAUCCUACAAGACCUGCGCCAGCAAAUCCAGGCUGGGCUGGAGCUGGCCCAGGCCCGCAAGGGAGGGCAAGAGCUCGGGCCAUCAAAGCGGAGGCUGCAGGACGUGGCAGGGAGGGGCCGCUGCAGGGACCCCAAUGCCCAGAGCUCCUUCUCUAAGAGUCCCUGGGCCAUGACAGAGAGGAAGCAUCCCUCUUUAGAGAGGGCUAGGAGUUUCCACACCUGGGAGCCCUGGAGCUCCUCCACUGCAUGGGAGUCCUGCCCGCAGAGGGCCUGGGGGGCCCAAGGACAGGACCGCUCCUUCCAGAGGCCGGAGAGUCCCCAUGAGAGGUUGGGCCACUUCUCCCAGCGGCCCUGGAGUGCACUGGCUGGGCAGGCCUGCAGUCCGCAGAGGGCCUCGGGGAACCAAAGACAGGGCCUCUCCUCCCAGAGGCCUGGGAGCCCCCCUGAAAAGCGGAGCCCCUUCCCCCAGCAGCCCUGGAGUGCUGUAGCCACACAGCCCUGUCCACGGAGGGCCUGGACUGCCUGUGAAAACUGGGAGGACCCUGGCCCCAGACUGUGGAACCCUCUGGAAAGGCCCAGUCCUCCAGCCCAGCGGCCCUGGAGCAGCUCCGGCGUGCAGAGGGCCAGCCCCCAGGGCAAGGGCAGAGGCAUCGGCCCCCCAGUCUCGGCUGCCAAGCAUGCCCUGCCAAGGCCCACUGGGAGCUUCCCUCAGAACCCACUUGGGAAGCAGAAGGACACGCUGCGGCCCUGCCCCAGGUCCCGGGGGCUCCUGGGACCCUCGCACAGCUCCGAGUCCUUGCGGGAGUUCAUGCGCCAGAAGGCGCAGGCCCGGCGGCGGCAGGCCCUGGAGGAGAAGGCCUCGGCCCUGCGCACACGGGAGCUGAGGAGCCGGAGGCUGCAGGAGGUCUACCGGCAGCAGAGGGAGGCCGUCCUCGGCAGGGCGGUCCCCGUGGUCUCCCGGACCACCCCUGGCAUCGUGACCUUUGUCCCCAGUUCUGCACAGUCCGGGGGCCUGGAAGCCUCCGGGAGCCUGGAGUCCCCAGUGCUGGAAUGGAGCAAAGUGACCUCUGGCAUGGUGCUGGGGGGCCAGGAAGCCCCAGGCAGCUUCUGCCUGUGUUUGAACAGAGCCUGGAACCAUGCUGAGACCCUAGAGCCCUCAGGGAUGGGGGGCCCCCAAGAUGGCCGGGAUGCCCCCGUGCUGCUGUCAGCUUCACCCUCUCUGGGAUCCCUGGAGCUCCAGGACCUGACCACCCGCUACCUACCCCGGGGGCUGUGCAUCUACCUGGACCCGAAGGAGGCUGAGCACCUGGGCACUUCCAGCUCCCUGCACCUCCGGCAUAAGCAGGCGCGGCUGCAGGCGCUAGAGACCACAGCCAAAGUCCUCAAGCAGCGGGUCGAUAGCCUCACUGCCAAGCUGCAGGGUGCCGAAGCGCUGGACACCGUCAGGGACCCAGCUGUGGGCCUGCUGCGCUCGUGCCCCCACAGCCUACCUGCCGCCCCCACGCUCACCACCCCCACGCUUGCCGCCCCAGCCUGCCCUGGAGCCUUGGGGCCCAACUGGGGCAGAGGGGCACCUGGGGAGUGGGUGAGCAUGCAGCCCCAGCCCCUUCUGCCCCCGACCUACUUCCUGGACGGCGAGACACUGUCGUGGGGCCCCAGCUGGGAGCAACAGCAGAGUGUGAGCCCGAGGGCCCGCUGCGAGAGCAAGCCCCAAGGUUUUCCAGAGGAGGGACACGUGGACGUGAAACCGGACAAAAGGCUACAGAGAGGUGUGGCCCCCUUCCAGGCCCUCAGCCCCUCUGCGGGGAGCUCAUAUGCGGGCCCAGCCACGCUGCACCCUAUCUGGGGCUCCCUGGGACUGGAGGAGACGCCGUCGGUCGGAGGGGCAGAUUCUAUGGCACCCUGCACCCCCUGGAGCUGCGGUCAGCAGGAGGAUCCAUGUGUGAGAUGCCUUCCCAACACCCAGCAGAAGACCUCCAGCUUUCUGGAUUCUCUGAAGCAGCUGAUGGAGAGACACUCGACCCAGGCCAGGCCAGAGGAGGCGUUGAAGCUGGAGCAGCCUCCGAUGUGCAAGGACCGAGAGCCGACCACAGCCUCUCAGAGCACAGGGAUGGCCACACCCAGGUCACACCCGCCUCUGGACACAGAUGCUGCCACGUCCUCCCAGGGUCCCGAGGACAGGCCAGAGAAUGUGGUGGCCAAGCCAGCUUCUGCAGAGGUGGAGGGCCCUGACGGAGCCCUCUCCCAGCUUCCCCUGGCCAAGUUCUUCCCUCCGGACAACCCCACCCACCAGCUGCAGAUGCUGGAGCGGAGCCUGCGGGAGGAAGAGCUGCGAGCACAGCACCAGGCCGCGCUGCUGCGCCUGCGAGAGAUGGCGCUCCAGGAGAAAACGCUCGCGGAGCUGGCCUGGCUGGAGCAUCGACGAGGGUGCCUGGACAGCAAGAGGGACAGAGAUGUGCUGGCCGCACUGGUUGAGAAGCAGCAGCAAACCCUCAGCAGAUUCGAGAAGGAGCAGAGGGAAAUCCAAUACCUGAGACACACGCAGCUCUUCAGGCACCGAGACAGGAAGCUGCUUCUGCAGCAUCAGAGGGACGUUGUCUCCAUGCCGGGGCCUGUGGACACCCUCCCCAUUCCGGGGCCCACGGAUGUCGUCCCAGUGCACGAGCUGCAGGCCCGGGCCAAGCUGCAGCAGGGUUCCAGCCCCAAAGUCAAGGCCGCCUGGGAGGGAGGCUCAGAGACAAGCCAGCAGCCAGAGGCCUCCCUGUGUCCCCUGACCCCGUGCAGGCCCAGCAGCUCCACCAGCCAUCGCCCCCAGGGCAGCCCCGCAAGCUCAAAGGCCACGCGCCCUCCCACUGAGCAGCCGGAUAUGACGCCGCCCCAGACAACCUCCGAUGCAGAUGGUCACCAGCAGCCUUCGAGGCCAGCGUGGGGCGAGGACACACACGACCCCCAGGGCCCGCUGGUGGAGAGUGGCAGCCAUGUCAGUCAAGAGCCUGGGGAGCAGCCUCGGGCCCCUCUGCUGGGCCUGCAGCACGUGAGCCCCCCGGACGGACAGCGGCUGGGCCCAGCCUUUCCCGCCAAGGAGGCGGAGGGGCGCCUCCCCACAGCUCAGUGCAGGUCUCAGGAGGUGAAGGAGCCACCCCCAGGAGACCCUCAGACCAAGCCCGGCCCUUCCUUAGCAAGGAAGCCCCGGGCUCCAACAGACAGCCAUGUGGGGAGCUUCGGGGAACGCAGCCGACGCUCCUGGGGCAGAGAAGGUCCUUGUGGCCCCCAAGAAGCCAGCCAGGUGGCUGAGGACAGCAUGAGCGAAGAGGGCUUGGAAUUGGGGCUGGAUUUUGCUGAGAGCCCCGUGGAGGAGUCCCAGGAAACCGAGAGCUGGCGAUCGGGGGAGCAGAGGUGUGGGGCUGAGCUCCCUGGAGCAGGGGUGGAGCGUGAGGCACGGAGACGGGUUCAGCCGGCACCCCCUGUCCCCCUGCUCUGGGGACCCUCACUCUCUCCUGGCACACCUGUGCUGCCGGGGCACAGCCCUGCACCCACCCUGAGCCCUCCCGGGUCUGACCCACUUUUGGAAAUAAAAAUGUCACCCAUGAAUCAGCCCAAGGUCAGCAGAGCCGCUUCGAACCCCCUGGGAGUGGCAGCCCCACCCCCCUCUCUGCCACCUGAUCCAGUGGGAUUGAGACUGGAUGCCCCCAAAGACAAGCCCUCGGGGAGCCCUUGCCCUCAGGGUCACUCAGGUGGUGGCAGAGGACUGGCUGGGAUGUUUUUCGAGUGUGAGCUGUGGACUGAGCCCGGUGGGGUCCCUGACAGUGGGCCCUGGGGAAGAGGCCAGGAGGACCAUGAUCCCCACAGGGUUCUCCACGAAUGUGCUUGCAGGACGGAGGCCUGUCAGCAGGAGGUCCCCGGCGUCUCCUCCACCUGGCUGGAGGCUGCCCAGGCCGCUGCCUCCCCAGCAGCUCCUGUGGUCCCUGAGGAGGCGGCGCCCCCAAUCCUGCACCAGGGCAGUCCCCUUCUACCCACCACCUCCUCCUGCGGUCCAGGCUCUGAGUCUGCUUCUGGAACCUGCUGGGGGCCUUCGGAAGAAGCCACGGUGUCAUCCCACACCUCCCCAGCAGCUUCUGUGAGCAGCCUGUCCUGUCCCUCUCUCUGGGAGUUCCAGAAAGCAGCGGCUACCCUGAUCCAGCUUUCUGGGAGCUCCAGCUCUCUUCCCGGCUUGGAAGCUGAAGACUCCCCAGAUGAAGGUUUCAGCUGGCCUGGAGAGCUCUCUGCCCGGCACUCCUCGGAGGAAGCUGGCCUACCUUUGUCCUGGCGGUCAAACCAGGGUGAGCCUCGGCCAGGCAGUGCUCCUGGGGGUGGAGGACAGGUGACCUGGCAGAGGCCCCAGGGCCGCAGGGCCGGCCCCCUGCGUGGCUCCUCCUUGGACACGGCCGUGGCAGAAGGUUCAGCGCCGGAGCAAAGCCCAAAGGCAGGCUGGCUACUGCCUUUCCCAGACAUCCCCUCUCCAAGGUCAGGGUCAGAGCUGUCAGAGGCCUCCAGCAAAGUUUGGGAGGAGGACUGCGAGGAGGACCUGCCAGAACCCUGUACCGGGGCCGAGCCAGCCUCGGGGAGCUCCCUGCCUGCAGGUGGCUCACUGGGCCUUGGAAGCGGCAUGGAGCCCCAGGUGGUUCUUCCGUCCCCAUGGCCUGGGGAGGUGGGGGAAGCUUCUGGGACCAGCGAGAGCCUGAAAGGGGGUGUCAGAAGCGGCAUGGAGCCCCAGGUGGUUCUUCCGUCCUCAUGGCCUGGGGAGGGGCGGGAAGCUUCUGGGACCAGCAAGAGCCUGACGGGGGUGUCAGACACAGGAGAAGCCCUCCAGGCACCCCCUGAGGCCGCCGGUGUGGUGUUCCCGCCCCAAAUCUCUUCUGCCGGUGACUUGGACUCACUGCUGGUCUUUCCUUCGGGGACUUCUUUGAGUGAAGGGGCAGAUUUCGGCAAAGGAGGAGAGACUUCUGGCUACCAGGAGGGAACCCAGGAUGCUGACCCGAGUCCAUCCAUCAAGAGCAAACUCCCGCACCUCAUGCCAGAGCCCGAGACCCCGGUGACCCUGCAGGCUCCUCCUGGGGACCCAGGCAGGCUGGCACCUCCAGUAGCUGAGAGCCGGGCGCCUGGGCCUGGUGGGAAUGGGGCCCCCACUGUCCUGGAGGAAGCCUGUCCCCCACUUGCCGGUGACGUCUUGACUGAGAUCCUGUCUCCCGUGGACGAGUUGCUGUCCUACGGCAGUGCCGACCUCCCGUCCUCCAUCCACAGGGAGGCCCCCCUACCCCCACCUCCUCCCACUCCCCAAGCACAGAGUGAUGGUGAAGACACCAACCCAUGCUCGGAUGCCUUCCCUUCCCCGCCCUCGGGGCCCCUCGAGGAGGACACCGCCAUCACCACCCAGGAUUUGUCCUCCUUGUCUGAGGAGAGUCUGCCGGAGGGACUGUUUCCUGGGCCCCAGGGGUUGGCGGGAACCCAGUAGUCGGGGCUCUGCCCAGGGGUGGCUGGUCCGGGUGGAAGCGUUGACCAGUUGGGUAGAUGCAGUUCUGCAGCAGGGGAUGAGGCUGGAGGCAGCCAGUGGCCUGAACCUGUCAGCUGGCCAGGGCACUCGUCGUGUGAGGGGUCAGGCAGUGCCCCUGGAGGGCUCCCAGGGCCAUCAGUGCAGCCCCCAGCUCCAUCCAGAGUGGCCUCUGUGGCCAGGGAAGGUCUGUCAGGGCUGUUGGCAGCUGGUGACGUGGACGUGAUGAUCGGCGGACUGGGCUCCUGUUUUGGGCACAGGGUUCUGGGCUGAUGUGGCCUUUGAGGAGGUCUUGGGCAGUCGGGGAGAGCCCUGGGAAGGAGCACAGAGCUCUGGGCGUGCAGAGAGCCGGUGGGGGGGGGGGGGGGGGGCGGGCGGGGCAGCUCUUAGUGGGUCUGGAUGAGCUCCUGGACACUGCUUCACCUGCGGCGGGGUCCCUGGGCAGCCGAGCCUGCUUGGCCAAGACCCCCACCAGGGGCCGAGACCCCAAAGAAAUGCUGGGUAAGAACAGGAAGGCAGCCACACCCCCACAGGCAGCCACACCUCCAUGUCCCUGGUUGGCAGCCCCGGCAGCCUCUCUCCCAGGCCAAGUGCCCUUGGCCGCCAGUGGAAAGUCUGGGUCCCUUGAGCAUGCUGGUGAGGACGUUGAGGGAGGCCUGAGCCGCCAGGUAGAGGACCCACCCAGGCCCGAGGGCUCACUGGGCAGAAAGCCACUCCUGGAGACAGACUCAGGCCGCUGUACCCAUCUCCCAGGUGUGGAGAGAGACCAGGCAGUGGACUUGGUCUCCACGCGGCUCACCAGGAGGGUCCUGCGUGACUCCUUAGCAGCUCUCUCCACACAGGCCCCCAGGUGCAGCCCCUAGGGAGUGUUUUCUGGAACUACAGAGAUGCACAGGCGUCCACAAUGUCAUUGUGAGCUGUGUGUGGCAUACACAUGCACACGUGGGAGUAAGAACCUAGAGGCCUGGACCUUCCCAGGGUGGACCGGGUGGGCGGCCGGCUCCGCAGGACGGUCACCUGAAGCCAGGCCCGGACUGCACACCUGCUUCUUCGCAUCAAAGCCACGAAGAGGCGUCCAAGAAAAGGCGUUGCAGCCCAGAGGCAAGAACAGUCAGAGUCACCAAGAGCAGGAACGAGGACGGGGCGGAGCAGCGCCUAUGCCAGGAAGGGGGUCAUGGGGAUCAGCGAAGGCCAAGAGAGGAAGAGAGAACAUCUGGGGGAAAGAAGAGCUGGGGUGGGCCUGGCUGGUGCUGACUCACACCCCUGAGCCCUGCUUAGAAGUCAGGGGCAUCUGCCUGCUUUGACUUUGGAGGCUCCCCCCCAUACCCAAACUGCCAGCACAUGACGUGCAGCUGGGUGGACUGGGCAUGGGUGUCUCACACCUGAGCUGCACAGACCAGAGGAAGCCGCGGCUCAAGGGCCCAAGGUCAUUUCCGCGCAGUCCGCACGGCCGGGGGCUUGUCCUCUGGGGAUCAGUGGUCCAAGGUCUCUUCUGGAGCAUGCUCAGGACUUGCUGUGCCUGGAAGGCCAGGGCAGCUGAUUUCUCCUGGUGCCAUGGACUUUUCUUUGCUUCCAGAGGAUUCACUGGGACCCCUGUAAUUUCUCUGGGACCCUUUUGAAUCUGAGGGUCUCUUCUUGAAUGUGGAGUUGAUGAGCAGCGUGUUGGCCUUAGGGACAUCUGUGUCCCAGCACUGAUCCCUCCAGGAUGUGGCUUCUCCUGUCCAGGGCCUCAGGCCUCCUCCACUUCAGAGAGGAGCAUACUCCAGACUUUAUGCAUGCAGUCUGGUGGGAGGCAUCACAAAGCUGGCCUGGCAAAGCCCUAAGAUGCCAGGUCACAGGACACACGGAGCUGCCAGGGCCCUCUACCCCGUAGCUCUGGUGAGAGACCCCAGGCCCCUUAGAACCUCUUUGGGCCCCCUGCCGUGAGGCAAGAGCCCCUCUCCAGACACCCCUUGCCCGGGAGCAGCUGGACCCAGCCUGCCUUCUCCAGCCCCGGGGCGGCUGCUUAGCCCCAGGUGCCGUUAACAAUGGCCGGCCUGUGUCCGGGUCCCCAUUCACCAUGUGCACAGGAAGCCCAGCUCGGGCCAUGCAUCUGAUUUUGCGCCGGCUCCUGCCCAGCCCACCUGAGAAUGCAGAGGUUUGGAUCCAGUGGGGAAUGUGUUCCUGCUCCGUGCUCUCGAUUUCAGAACAAACUUUGAGCUGAGCUACAGCUUUCUCAUUGAUCCCCUUCUAGUCUUCUGAACAAAUGAGUCUGUGAUUUUUUAUUUUUUUCCAUUUAUUGCUGACCCUUUUGGAUUUAUGAGGCCGUGUGAGAGGAAUUAUGUAUCUCACACACACGCAUCUGGCAUGACGAUAAAUCUCCCCCACUGAAGCCCCGCAGAUUUGCAGCGAAUCGGAUGGCUCCCAGGCUCGCUGCCACGUGGUUGGUGCUGACGUGUGGCGCGAUGUGGUGGCGGCUGCAGUCACAGCUGGAACCAGCGUGACUUUCCCUGGGAGCCCAGCAGGUGCUUCGCGUCGCUGGCAGGUGGCAGGGUGCCCUUGAAGGGGGCUGGUCGUGAGGAACGAAGGAAAACCCAGGCCAGGGCUUCCGAGGACAGCGGCCCUGGAGGGGGCCGGAGCCGUCAGGUUACUCUGAGCACCGGAGAAAAAGCCGCUCCACCAGAGGUGUAAACGCAUUUAAUCUCCCAACAGGACAUAUACAGAGCGGAGGGCUUUGGCAUUCAGAUAUAUUGACCGGGCAAGAUGGUAAUCCAAGGUUCCUCCCCUUCAAGGUCUCCUGCUGUACUUGCCUGGGCUCUGAUCUGUCGUCACCGCUUGGGCCAAUAAAUCUUGAUACCAGCCUCCAGAGGAGUCA